AGUCACCUGAUCAAAUGGUCACAUGACCAAAUCCUUGACCUCAUCUUGACCUCUAGCAGUGCUCCUGUAGAUGUACUGUUGCCACUCUUCUCCAGGGUGGGCUACUGGCACGGGGUAGUUGUCUUGAUGGGUAGGAAGAGAGAUGGCAAGAUGGAUGCUCUGAAGAUCUGCAUUCAACUAGGAGAUGCUGCGUUGAUUGAUGAUGACUUGCUUCCUUCAACUGAGGGAGAUUGGAGAACGGUCCUGGAAUGGAUGAAGAUAUGCCAGCCAUCAAGAAAAGGAGAGAAUGAUUCGUCAGGAAGACGAUGUUUGAAUUGUGGAGCAGUUCUGUCACCUUGUGCUGCGAUGACGUCGAUGACAUCGGAUGUCGUCAUCGAAGUGGGGAAGCAGGAGAUAGAGGAAACGGAGGAUGAACUCUCCUCUAGUAGCCAGCCUGAAUGUGAUUGGUCAAUUAUGGAACCAUCCCAGCCAAAUAACCAAUCAGAAAGCUUGACAGAGAAAGUUGAACAUAGCACAGUUAUUGACCGAUCAGAUGGGUUUGUAGGUGGCAGAGAGAACAGAGAGACCAGGAAUAGCCAAUCAAACAGUCUUUUAGAGGCAUCAAAUAACCAAAAGAAAGUUACCAGCCAAUCAGAAGAAGGCAUAGAAGAAAUCAGCACUCCUGAACAAAAUGGAAUAGAGAAGCCAAGCCCCUUUUCUUCACACUCAACAUCAAGUGAUUCUGAUUGGUCACCUACAGUCUCAUGGCAGAGGAUAGCCCUCUUAUUGGUCAGUCGUCUAGGAGCUCUUGAAGGGGUCAAGCUGCUGAGGGAGGUUCAGGUUCCAGAGGGGUUCCUUUCCAGAGAGUUUCAUCAGAUGUGUAUCUAUGUCAACGCAUGGGAGAAGAGACAGAGCUUGCUAAGCCAUGCCAUGCUGGAAGGCACAGACACCUACCUCUGGUCUAAACGACAGCCCCUCCUAGGGCCAGUGCUACAACACACCAUCAUGAAGGAGUACCAGGGGUGCGGAGAUACCGGUAGUGAGGGGGAGAGGGUCCACAAAGUACAGAAGCUCUUAAGUCAAGGACAGCUCUACAUUGAAGAUCCUGGAACUCAUUGGGGUAGGACUACUAACCUGGGCAGGAUAUGCAGUGUAUGUCAUCAGUCUUUGGCAUGGAGUUCAGUGCUUCAGUCUGCAGGUUGCAUCAUCUUCCCUUGUGGCCAUGUAUUCCAUACACUCUGUAUCUCCGAGAAGGCAUGCAUCUCUUGUUUCUAUGGCAACCAGGAGAUGAAACUGUGAGCAUGCAUCACUCUUUUUUCCGUCACCCAGCAGAUGCAAUUCUUUGCAUGCAGUCAUUAAAGGUGGUUGGUACAGCUUGCCUACUGUAUGUAUAUGAAGAAUGAAUUCAGAUACAUUAUCUUCUUUUGUUUUAUCUCUUUCUGUAUCUUGCUCUUUUGCUCCUUGUCUUACAAUGUUUCUAUUUCUACCCCACGUCCAUGUACUUGUAAAUCCCUGUCAUUUAACAUGGAACGCAAUAUUAAGAAGUCACAACUUAUGUUUCGUAAAAAAAGGAAUGCUGAACAAAGUGUACCAUUUUUUUCAAGAAGAGUCUUUACAUCUUAAAAUCUGCCAUCUUAUAGAAACAUGAUUAAAAUGAAAUAUUUGUUUUCAAGAGACUAUGUCAUGUUUAACUUUUCCUUCUUCAUCUUGAUACACUGUUCAUGUGUGAUUUACAACACAUUUACAUCUAGACGUUGUAUUUCAUUACAAUAAACCUGAUAUUUGUAUGUCUUUAGCUAUAUUCUGAUCAGUGCACAUUUGUUUGCAAUUCACCUGUAUUUGUCUUUCACAAGCAUGUACCGGUAGUUUCAUCUGCAAAUGGAUGAAUGCACUUAUUGUAAAUUGUGUGCUUGUAUGUACUUUAAUAAACAGAAGAUCUGUCCAGAGCCUGCAAGGUGUGAACUCUACAUGUUAAAGUGUAUGAGUUAAAGCCUUUCUGGCCCCAAACAAUACUUUUACAUCUAUGGUAUCUCCUAUAUGCAAAAUCUUCUUAGAAAUGAGAACAGACUUAAGAACAUAUAUUACUGAAACAAAUAUUAUCCAAACAGACAAUGUUUGACAUCUAUUUCCUAUAUAUGCAAAAUCUACUUAGAAAUGAGAACAGACUUAAGAACAUAGAUAAAUGGAACAAAUUUUAUCUUAACAGACAAAGUUUUACAUCUAUGUCCUAUAUGCAAAAUCUACUUUAUACAUGAGAAGAAACUUAAGAACAUACUAUGAAACAAAUAUUAUCCAAACAGAUGAUGUUUGACAUCUAUCUAUGUGCAAAAUCUACUUAGAAAUGAGAACAGACUUAAGAACAUACCGGUAGAUAAAUGAAACAAAAAUGUAAUCCAAACAGACAAUGUUUUUCAUCUAUGUCCUAUAUGCAAAAUCUACUUAGAAAUGAGAACAAACUUAAGAACAUUUAUAAAUGAAACAAAAUCAUUAUAUUCUAUGUUUAUUGAUGUCAGCUAUUGAAUUAGUUCGGUUUUCCACCAAAGAAUGUACUUAUCUGUACACCUUUAAACCAGCGAACAUGACCAUCUAUCUGUGGUGUUUAAAUGUGCUAAAGAUAUGUUCAUCAACUUACUUUUGUGGAAUGUGUACUUAAAACAUAUUAAUAUACUUACUUUUUUCUAUUCUCCGUGCCAGAUGAAUCCAUUAUGAAUCGUGUGCUCUCUACAUAUGGACAAAUGUAUGCAAUUUUGUUAUGACUAAGUAACAGCUAAAAUUAAAACCUUAUGUCAUCCAUAAUGGGUUCAGUGUUUUGGUUCAUACAUGUAUAAUGUUUUUGUGUUUGCUUUUAGCAGCAAGAUGAAACUUAUUUUAUUCUAGUCAUAUAUACAUGUAUAAUUUGUAGAUAUAUAUUUUCAUGAAAUCAAAUUUAUGAUUAAAGUAUUUUAUUAAGUUUGUGUUCAAUAUACAAUGUACAUGUGUAUGUAUUAUGGGUAUGCAAUGUAGUUAGUGUGUGUGCAUUAAUUUUGCUAAUAGUGUUUAAUAGCUACGGGUUCAUUUCACAGGAUUUAUACACUGAAAUACAUGUAUAUGCGUUCAUGUUCAGGCGACUUUUUUUUCAUGGAGUACAUGUAUCAUGGUAAAGCUUUGAAAGUGUAAAGCAGAAUAUGGGAAUGGUAAAAAAGGUAUCUGGUGAUUUUGUCCAAGUUUUGUUAUUACUUUGCAUGUGAGUAUUUUCUCUUCAUGAUAGGGUAAAAGUCAUUUAUCCUACUGGAAUAUAAUGAAUUAUUUAAGAAAUACACACUAUGACCAGUUCUUUAUGUAUAUAUUUGCAAAAGUAUUGAAGAUAAGGAAUGGUUACACACCAACACCAGGGGGUAGUUUCACAAAGAUCCUAAGUCGAACUUAUCUCAAAGUUUGACCAACAAUUAUGGAAAGCUGUUAGCAUCUAUGAAAAUAUUUUGGAAAAGUUAUUUCAA